CUUGGAUAGCCUUUGAAGUCUAGUAUCUCAAUUGAGUGGUCUUUGUUCGAGGAGAGAAAGAUUAUCUUACAAAAAUCGAGCUGGAGUGAGUGGUGGUCUGUGAACUCGAGCUGUGAGGGUGCUGAGACUGUUUGGUUGAUAUCUCGAGUUUUACCAAUCCAAUUAAGGCGUGUGAGAUACCAAAAGAAAGCUCUCAAGACGAGGAAUCCGUGAAGGUCUGGUUUGAAUCAAUCGGAGUAGAGGAAGGCUUCCAAAUCGUCCGAGCAAAACACAACCUCGCAGAAACGGAUUUACUCUUCUAAAGAAUCGAGUUAGCCGGAAAACACCCGUUCUAGGGGCUGUUUUCGUAUCAACGAUUAGGAGUUGAAAUAGCAACUUGAGGAAGCUGUUUAACACCCAUUUUCAAGCAAGGAACCAGCUCUCAAUAUUCCUUGGCCGAGGCUUUGGUCAUUGGAUCGAGAAGGAAUGUUUUAAAGCUCAUUUGAGGUGAGGACCGACAUCUAGUUGCUUACAACUUGUAGGUUAUGCAUGAGAUUACCUAAAUGCUUAAAUCAUGUUUUUGUGAAUAAAUAUGCUUGAACAUGAUAUGAAUGAUAAGUAAUGGACUUGAUCAUAAAUUGAAACCAUAUUGAUGAAUAUGGAGUCAUGUGAGAUAAAAGUAUGCUAAAAUGGUAAAUUGACCUUCCAACACAUGUAUGAAUGUUAUGUGUAUGUAAAUGUAUGAUUGCAUGAUGAUGCUUAGCACAUGGGAGGCUGCCACAUAUCUAUUGAUAUGGAGGGGCUACCAUUAAGAAUAAAUGAGUUGUAGGAAUAAUCUUAAUAGUAUUGUGAUGCUAGUUAAGGAUUGUUCUAAAUGUUGAUAGAAUCAAACUUAAGGUUUGAGUUGUUUGUGAUGAACUUGAAUGAGAUUCAAGUGUCAAGUGUGAUAUCAUGGAGUAGGAGAUCUAUGGUGUGAUUGUAUGAAGUAGGAGAUCUAUGGUGUAAUUGUAUGAAGUAGGAGAUCUAUGGGGUGAAUACAUGAAGUAGGAGAUCUAUGGUAUGAUUAUAUGAAGUAGGAGAUCUAUGAUGCGAGUGCAUGAUGAUGUACUCGAGCCUAACUCUAGAAAUGAGAAGUUAUAUUAGGGUUGGACCCUAUGUAUUGUCGUGACUAUUAGUCACGGGGUUUGGGAAAUGUUUUAUAACAAACACGGGCCUUUGAGCCGACUACUUGACUUUAUAUAAAGUAAGUAUGUAUUUUGAAAGGGGUAAUCUGGGAUUACGGCCUAUACUAUAUUAUCACCCUAUUUGAGGGUCUUGUGUGUGAAAUACUUGUUGUAUAUCUAUUAGAUGCCUGCCACACCAGCACUUUAUAGCCCUAUAGAGUGCUGACCCCUUCGGGGGCGUCCCACCACCAUUUUUCAGGUUGAGGCUAGAGCUUGCUUCCUGUGCUCGUUGCUCGAGAGAUCAUAUAGGAGGGAAGACUUGGUUCGUGCUUCCUCCAUUCUGUUUUUAAACAUUAAUAAACAUGCUCAUGGAUAUUUUACUGUAGAGCCUGCGUGCUCAUGAAUAGCCUUGUGUGGCCCUUUCGUUUUAAACAAUGUUUUCCGCUGCGUUACGAAUUACUUAUUAUGUUUGUUUAUGGAUGUAUAUGUGUGAAUGAUAUUCAAGACGCCUUGUAUAAUAUGAAUGUGUUGGACUGCGGUUGACUUUUCGUAUUGUACGGCGGGUUGUUGACGUGUCCGGAUAGGUCCGGGGCGUGACAGUAGCAGUCCCGGACUGCCCGAGAAGGUGAGGCCGGCGAAACGACGGCCGGCGGUGCUGCUGGAUUCCCCGACGACGAAUGAAGACUGCUGCGGCAUGGACUGCAAGCUCGGAACCGUUGGCGUCCACGCAAAGAUAGGCGGGACCCAUGAAGACGGCGGCGCAGAUGAUGAAAUUGCCGUGGUAAACACCGAACUCGGCUGCUCGGUUGAGAUGGAGAACGACGCCAGAGUGGUGGAGGAAAAAGGAUCAUUCACCGGUGUAGAAACCGGCAUGGAGACCGCGCUCAGCACAGGUGAUUACAUCAUCGUCGUAGAGGUGGCGGCGGUGGCGGUGGAGGAGCUGGCGGCUGCGGUUCCUUCGGUAGUCAUAGGGCCGGAAAAAAAAAUUAGGUUAAAAUCCUAAAGCUCUUGAUACCAUGUGAGAAUAAUAGAAUGGCUUACCAAUGUGGUAGCCCUGGAUGUCAUAUACUCCCUCCGUAUCACAUAUAUCUUUCCACUUCCAAAGUGGGUGAGAUUAAGAAUAGUGAAAUGAUGUAUGAAUUAUUGAGGGUAUGAUGGGAAGAUGGUGAAAUAAUGUGAUGGAAUGAAGGAUAAAUCCAAAAAAAGUAGGUGUAAUAGUGUGUUAUUUUUUAAAUUAUUGAGGGUAUGAUGGGAAGAUUUAGAAAUGGGAAGAUAUAAAUGUUACGUCCAAAAAAGGAAAGUGGGAAGAUAUGAAUGUUACGGAGGAAGUAUAUAAUAAAGAAGUAUCCAAAUUACAAUAGGAAACUAAUGAAAUAUGGAAAGCUAAUUAAUGCUAAUUAAUAAUACACUAUUAUCAUCCACCAUGCAUGUAUGUUACAUACGGCCGAGUCAUAUAUUGUUCAUAUAUAUAUUACACAUGCACGCCAAGUAUAUGAAAAUUAAUAAUAAUACAUACGGCCGAGUCAUAUCAUCCAUUAAUUAUAAGAAACAAUCACGUACGUACUUAUUCUUGGCAUGUCCCAACACUAAAAUAGUCCAAGGUCAGGAAAAAAGGUACAAGAAGCUGAAAAGGGGUAGAACAGCUAUAUUAUUGUCACUCCUUAAUUAUUGGCAUGUCUUAACUCUUGAAUAUUAGUGUCACUCCUUAAUUACUGACUUUUCUUAUGGCAGGUGCUUUAUGGUAUUUUUGUUUUUGUUUUAAUUUUUCAUCGUUGACAUCCAUAGAAAUGUCAGACUAAUGUUUUUUAUCUUUUAAAUGAUAAUAAUAACUUGGCACUAAAAUAUCUGCUUCGGCCAUAUUUUGCAUAUCGGUGUGCUUCACUUAUUUAGAGAUUAUCCUAUGUGAACGUACUCUCUAAAUUAAAUAUCUCAAAGCCCCUCAUUUACGUCCGCAGGUGAGAAUUUAAAUUUAGUCAAUUUCCAAUCCAAGAUUGAUAGAUUCUUUAAUUUUAAAGAUUAUAAAUUUCCAAUUUCUCAAUUUGUUCAUUCAUAUCAAGAUUGAUGCUCAACAAAUCAACAUCAAGAUUGACCUCAGAGAUGGUUGAUAUUUUCGCAAGUUAAUUAUACUCUCAUUUAAUUUGAUAUGAACCUUUACUGUUUCUC